GGCGUUUCGCCGAAAGUAAUCGCCGAUAGGCAUUUUCAUGAUCUGGCAACUCUGGUGAAAUUUGCCGUUGUUGUGGGUUUAAUGGAGCCAAGAAAACGUAUUCGAACAACGAGUAAAGUCAAGUACAACUCGACAGUUGACUCGAAGGCACAACAUUAUUUAAAUGCGCUUAAGGUGAGAUGGAUGCAGCUGCACGAAAUACCCGGAUUAUUUGCCUAUCAGCUCCAAGAUGAUAGACUAACCCGGAAACUCCCCGGGCGACAUGGUUUCCAUGUUGAGUUGAAUUCGGAUCGAUCGUUGAAACGCCGCGCUCCGCAAACCAUUGAGAGCAUGAGACCCGCAUUUAGGCCAAAUCACUUUAAUUUCAAUAAGGUCGAUGAUCUGGAGGUGAUGUUGACCAUCGAUGAUGCCAUAGAUAAGGUCGAGAUACAGAUGAUUAUCAACAAGAGUCCACUUACCAAAUAUCAUACAGUCGUCUGUCCGGAUGUUAAAAGGAAUUUGGUUCAACGUGUUACGGCUCCGUCACUUAGAUUCUGCAUUAAUUUCCUGAGAAACGUUGAUGAUCCGAGCAUGCGAAUGGGCUACAACAGUCCAGGUGCUCUCGCUUCUGUGAACCACCUGCAUUUUCAUCUGCUGAAUAUGCCACAAGAGUUGUACAUAGACAACGUUGAUCUUCAAGAACUUGCGGGGGGUUAUGCUUAUCGACUAAGAAAGGAUUCCCCUACGGAGGCUCUCUGCUUUGUUUUUCGUGCCAAAGAUGAUGCGGAGCAGGUGCUGGAGAAGAUUAGCAAUAUCCAUAGGCUCACCGAGUGGCUGUGUGACAAUAAUCUCCCACACAAUAUCUUCAUUACACAGCAGAAGAAUAGUGACGAACUCCGGCUGUUUGUGUUUGUCCGUGAAAAGUUUUGCGUUUCCAAAGAUGUGACUGCAUUCAACGUGGGAUUCUGCGAGCUGGCCGGCUUUAUUCCUCUAGCAGACGAGCAAAAGUUGCACAAUUUAACGGAGCAGAUAGUGCUUGAGCGCAUUCGCAGCAUUUCGGGCAAUGCCUAUGAUGCAGUUUAUGAGCAGGUUCAGUACAUUGUUAAUCAACCCACCAGCGAAUCCCUCUGGCAGCAACCGUUUUUAAUAUAAUAGCCUGCAAACGUUUUAUUAUUAAAAUUUAUUCAUACUUAUUGCUAAACUGCUGCUGCGACAAAUCCCUUGCCCAUGGCCGCCUUGCCGACAACCUUAACGUUCUGUUCAAUGCGAUAAUCGAUCUCCGAGUCCGUAUUCUGCAAUCUCACAUGCUCAAUCAGCUCUGGCAGCUGAUCCGCCUCAAUGCUGGCACGUAUAGCAUCAAAGAAGGACAUGUAAUGAUGCAAGUUGUGGCUGUUGAAUAAAUCAAAACAUUAUUUAGUUGGGAACGUUGCAAAUA